UCUGUGGACAUAGGAGCCUGACGAGACUUCCUGGGACAGGUCCAUCCUCACACAGGAGUUCACUGUGUGUGCGCGGUUCUCUGAACUGCGUGUUCACGUGGAGCCGCCGUCACGACCCAGAACCAUUUACCCCGAACCGAGUCUUCACCGGAGGAAGCCGAACCGAGUCUUCACCGGAGGAAGCCGAACCGAGUCUUCACCGGAGCCAGCCGAACCCUGACGAGCCGGUUUUUGAAUUCUGAUCCCAGUUCAGCUGGUUCAACCUUCUCUAAUCCUCUGAACCUCAGCGGCCCACCGACAGUAACAUUCGACUUCUUCAUCUUCAUCAUCUUAGUCUUCGUUGUGAGCAGACAUGCCCUCAGCGGCUGGUGGUCCUGUGGGAUACACCCCCCCUGAAGGUGGCUGGGGCUGGGCGGUGGUGGUGGGAGCCUUCAUCUCCAUUGGCUUCUCCUAUGCCUUCCCCAAGUCCAUCACAGUGUUCUUCAAAGAGAUAGAGGUCAUCUUCGAUGCCACACCAAGUCAGGUGUCCUGGAUCUCGUCCAUCAUGCUGGCUGUCAUGUAUGCUGGAGGCCCAAUCAGCAGCAUCCUUGUGAACAAAUUCGGCAGUCGACCAAUCAUCAUAGCCGGUGGUUGUCUGUCAGGGUCGGGACUGGUCGCAGCCUCUUUCUGCAACACGGUGGAGCAGCUGUACUUCUUCAUAGGAGUCGUGGGAGGUUUGGGACUUGCCUUCAACCUGAAUCCAGCCCUCACUAUGAUUGGAACAUACUUCUACAAGCGCCGGCCCAUCGCCAACGGCAUUGCUAUGGCAGGCAGCCCGGUGUUUCUGUCCACCCUGGCUCCUCUCAACACCUGGCUCUACGAUCAGUUUGGAUGGAGAGGCAGCUUCCUGAUCCUGGGCGGACUUUUACUCAACUGCUGUGUGGCCGGCUCCCUCAUGCGCCCCCUCAGACCCAACCCUCAGCCCGCGGAGCUCGAAUCAGCAGCCGGCGAGGCCAAGGCACCGGAGUCGGUACAGCCGCAGCAGAAGAAGACAAUCCUGAAAACCAUCAACUCCUUCAUUGACCUGACGCUGUUCAAACACCGCGGGUUUCUGUUGUACCUGAUGGGAAACGUUGUUAUGUUCUUCGGUCUCUUUGCUCCGCUCGUCUUCCUCUCUAAUUACGCCAAGAGUAAAGACAUCAGCAAGGAAAAGGCCGCCUUCCUUCUGUCGGUGCUGGCCUUUGUAGACAUGUUUGCCCGACCCUCCAUGGGCCUGCUGGCUAACACCAAGUGGAUCCGGCCGAGGGUGCAGUAUUUCUUUGCAGGUGCUGUCCUUUACAACGGGGUUUGUCACGUGCUGGCGCCACUGUCGGUGGACUACACUGGAUUUGUGGUGUACGCCAUCUUCUUUGGUUUUGCGUUUGGCUGGCUGAGUGCAGUGUUGUUUGAGACUCUGAUGGACCUGGUGGGGGCUGAGAGGUUUUCUUCAGCUGUGGGUCUUGUCACUAUAGUGGAGUGUGGACCGGUGCUGCUUGGCCCGCCGCUCACAGGUACUUUCUAUAACUACUAUCAACACUAUGACUACACCUACAUAACCUGUGGCAUCAUCCUCAUAAUCGCCAGCGUGAUGCUCUUUGUGGGAAUGGGCAUCAACUACCACCUGUUGGAUCGAGAGAAGAAGGAGGAGGAGAGGCGACAACGAGACGAGCCCAAAGAGGAGCGCACUGCCAUGCUGGCCCCUCCCUCUCCAUCCAAAUCAGAUGAGGAGGCGGGCGAGCGGAGCAAUGUGCCAGGCGCCAUCAAAUUGGAGGAAGUGGCCAAAAUGGACGAGGACACAGUAUAAAAAAAGAGAAAACAAACAGACUGGUGAAGGACACACACACGGCUUUGCACACUUCCCACUUCACACAUACAUUAGUUGCAGCUACCGCACUCUGUCUUGAUAUAGUGAACAAGCCUAAAGCCAUAUGAACACUUACAGGAUUCAGACCUGAGACCUGCUGCUGUGAUGUGAAGCUUGAAGCUGCCACUCAUCGUUUCACUGCGUUGAUACCGUUUAGCUCUGGUAUCGAACGUGCCUUCAGCAAACUCAAGUCCUCCGCACCACGUUAACACCAGGUAUAAAAUAACCCAGUCAACUAAUGAGGACUUUACUCUCAGGCUCUUCUCACUAAUCACUCGUCCUCCACUCUGCCAACAGUUGUAUUUUUACACUACGAUCAGAUACUGUGUUGUACAUGUACUUUUCCUGCAACUCUGAGACCACAUAUCCAAAAAGGGACUCGUGGUCUCAGGUUCUGCUCACGUGUCAGACUAAAAAAGAACUUCAAGAACUUCAUUAUUUCAUUAACAGAACAGAAGCAAUACUUUUAACCUCCAGUCAAGUAUAGGACGCAGAAAAACUCAGAAACGUUUAAAAACACAAAGAUGAAGAAAAGUGAGAAAGUUGGAAUCAGGGGCGAGGGUCGUGUGUGUGUGUGUGUGUGUGUGUGUGUGUGUGUGUGUGUGUGUGUGUGUGUGUGUGUGUGUGUGUGUGUGUGUGUGUGUGUGUGUGUGUGUGUGUGUGUGUGUGUGUGUGUGUGUGUGUGUGUGUGUGUGUGUGUGUGUGUGUGUCUGUGUGUGUCUGUGUGUGUGUGUGACGAUCAGAUGUCAGAGUACCAGCCGCAGCUGUGUAGGAACCUGUGAGUGGCAUCAAUGCAGUUCUCACACUUUCUAUCUCUUGUUCAUGUCUCUUUCUCUCUGUCUCUGUUGCACGUGGACUACGUGCACAAGCAGUUUCAGAAACUGCACUCUCGACACAUUAAUGUCUAAACUGUGCUUCAUAUCAGAGCAAUGUUGUGGCUUAAAAUUCAUCCUAGAGAAGUCGAUGGUUAUUGAGCAGUGAUCAGUUUUAUUGAGCAGCGUCUUAGACUAACCGAACCAGCCAGAACAAACAAAAACAUUUAUGAAGGUUUUAAACAAUUCAUUACUUGGUCUAAACUUAAAUGUUUAAUAGUUCAAAAACAUUUGUCUUGAACAAUGUUGAAAAAUUAUAGAAUGAAUUUUGUAAUACUUUUAAAGAAAGGAACAUUAUUUUUACUUUUUACCUACAUUUUUAUUAUUGUCAACACAUUCAUUGAAAAGAUCAACAAUUAACUGAUCAUGGAAACCAGUUAGGCUCUGCAGCUGAUAAUAAUUUCCAUUGUCAAGUUAUUUCAUUUUUUAAAUUUGAUAUACAAUAUAUAAUAUCAUAUAAACAAAUUUCCAAUUCAACCCAGAUAACCCACUUUACUGUUUAUGUAAUAUUCUCAUUCCAGAAGCUUGGAAACACAUAGAAUAUGAAUGGUGUUAUUCUUUAUAAUCUGAAAACAAUCAUGAUCUAAUGAUUUUUUUUUUUAGUGGAGCAGGAUUUUUACACUGAAAAUGUUUCAGUCAAAGUGUGAAAUGAAGACAUUGAAAAUACUGUACAGUACGUUCACGCUGUAAAGUACCUUUGUUUAUUUUGAAGCUGUUCUAAGAAUAAGUUUCCAAAUGUAUUCCUUUUUAAAACCAAUGUGCUUACAGGAGGGAAGUCGUCAUUUGUAGACCACCUGAAAUAUGCUGACACAUAUCACAUGAGAGGUAUAUUUUAAUUUACUCCAUUUCAAAAUUGACAUAGUUAAUCACUUAUUUUGCCUUUGAGAAGUGUGACUGAACAAAGUAGUGAAGGACUUCAACACAUACAUUACAUAAAAUAACGUAGUCUUACUAUUGCAGUUUUCUUUUUUUAAAUGGUACUGUACUUAGCCUCAGCACAUUUUUUUUAAAUAAGAAGAAAUCAAUGUGUUAACUUUCUGGAAAAUUACUUUUUCUUUUAUUUGCGUUAGAUGUUUUUAUCUUUGUAUGUGUGACGUGAUGAGACGGCUGAUGAAUCAGAGAAUAAACAGUUUUUAAAGCAAAA